AUGUUUAAUUUUAUUAUUAUUAUUAUUAUUAUUAUUAUUAUUUAUAUUCUGAUUGUCGCACUCGUCUCUCUGCGUUAA